AUGAUAUUGCCCUAUAUUCUUGUCCAGUGUGUAAACUACGUCGAUUGUCCUUAGAAUCGAAGAUCGAUCUGAAUUGAAGUUGAAGAUUAAUUUUUUCAUCGCCAUGGGUUACUGCCCUUGAUAGACACUAGAUGGCUUUCGUUGACGACAUCGACGGUUGACGAUGAAAAGUGACGAAAGAGGACCACUUCUAGAUCUAGGUUGUCCACAGGGUGACUUAUCUGACUGCUUUUCUCUCACUCAUCAAGAGAUCAAGAAAGGAUUCUUCCUUUGUGUACAGCGUUAGUGUACUGUACAUGACUUAUGGCAGACACUUCUGAGGCCGUGGAGUCUGAUCUAAGAUCUCCAAAACUUGAGGAAAAUCAGUUGAUGGACUUUGAUUCAGGGUCCAUGAAUUAUUUAAGACCUGACGACCAGGUUGUUAACAUGAACGAGAACAGUGGGGCUUCAAGGAGGGGCCGAUUUUCAUCCCGUGACCGUCCUUUUGCUUGUCAUGUCUGCAAUAAAAGGUUCACCCAGAAAGCUCAUCUGAUCAUUCAUAAAAGGAUUCACACGGGGGAGAAGCCAUACGCAUGUCACAUCUGCCAUAAAAGAUUCGCCCAGUCCUCACACCUCACCGUACAUAAGCGAGUCCAUACAGGGGAGAAACCUUUCUUCUGUAACUUUUGCGGCAUGGGGUUUUGUCGAAGGCCUCGGCUGGAGGCUCAUAUCUUACAGCAUGUUGUGAAAGAGGGAAAGCAGCUUCCGGCUAAUUUUAAAGGAGAUAUGAUGGGUGGCCUGUCUAUGGUAGGGUUAAGCAGCAGUACACCAGUUUCCAUGGGAGCCUCUAGUCAGGAUUCUUUAAGCUCUUCUUCAGAGAUGCUUGACUUCAAAAGCAAAGACCUCCCACUGACUACCAUUAAGACUGAGCCAAUAGAUGUACGUUCCAAUAAUAGUGAGACUUUGGAUGGCACCGCAGAUGAAUGCAAAGAUGGUAAUCAAAUAAGGUCCCCGGGGAAAGAUAACCUGGCUAGACUUGCUAAUUCCGGUGCUUCUGGUGAGUGUGGAAUUGGGGACAUAGAGUCUUCUUCUGAAACAAAAGGAGCUGGUAUUCAAAAGGGAGGCACUACUGGCUUGGGUUUGUCCAUGGAUGAGUUGGAUAAACUAGCCUCAAGUUUGACUGAAAUGACCGAAUCCCAAAAACAGGCUUUGAGUCAGAGUUUGCUGGCUCAGAAAAACCAGCUGAACUGUAUGAUGAACAAUAACAACUCAAUGAUGUCGAUGAACCCUGGUUUAAGCAUGUCUGGUCUGGUUCGCACCAAUAGCCGAGUGUCUCUCAUUGACUUCACUGCAGAGGAUAUACUCCGACAUCUCAUGUCUCGUGAUGAUGUAAAGUCCUGUGAUUUUUGCUGUAUUGUCUUCCAUGACCCUGCGAUGUAUUACCUCCACCGCAGUAUGCAUGACAAGAUGGAUGUUCGCUGCUGCAACUUGUGUGGAAAGCUGAUGUCAGAUAAAUAUGACUUUACUGCUCAUUUUCUGAGUGAACACAAGUGAGCUUUCUAUCAGAUUACUUUCAUUUUUUCUUGCUCUAUGGUGAUGUGUAGUCUGUGUGUAUAUUCAACUGAGUGUGAUCUUUGGCCUUUUAAAUUAUCAAGUACGUAUUUUUGUUGUACUUGUGGUAGGGCUCUUCACAGUUGUAUACAGAAGACACGAGUUUCAUUCCUGAAUUGGAAGGUUUUUGAAUACAUUGAUCUCCGUUUAAAAAAAAAUGUAGUGCCAGUUUUCCUAAAAGUAAAGCCUUCUUUAAUCUGUAAGAAAAUUUUUUUCCUAAUUUGUUUGCCUGAGACCAGUUCUAGAAAUAAAAACCUGUCGGCGUCCUGAACUAAGGGCAAUAAACUUUUUAAAGUAGGGACCUUCUUUGCCAUACUUUUCACAAACAAAGAAGACCUUUUCAUAGCUGUACCAAUGCAUGAACUUAUUAAAAUGUUAUGAAGUUCAACAAAAGUUUUUGCCACUUGCUUGAAGUUUAGAAAAUGAAGGUGAAAAGGGAAAAA